GUCUGUAUUACCGGAGAGAAACCUCAGGCAGUAGUUGACGUAUAUGGUUAGGAACAUUAUACAACAAAAUACAUUUCACGACGUUGCCACAGAAGGAAUUUGAGGACAUUUAGUAAUUUUAUCCAUAGAAGACACUGUAAUAAUCGAGGAUGUCGAAGGUAUUGGACGAGGAGUUGAAGCAAGCCUUUUCAAAGCUGCACGAGAAGAUGGUAGACACUAAGCAGAAGUUAAAACUGGCUGAUAUACAAAUUGAGAAGCUGCGGCGUACGAAACAGCGGGCAGAGCUCACUACAAAGGAAAUUACCAGCCUCCCUGGAGACACGAGGAUGUACGAGUCUGUCGGUCGAAUGUUCCUCCUAGAUAACAUGAGUAACAUUAAGGACGGUUUGGAAAUUAGAAUAAAAAUGUCCGACGAGAAGAUCAAGACGCUAGAAAAUAACAAAACGUACCUGCAGCGGAGUUUAAAGGAAAGCGAAAAUGAGAUUAGAGAAAUGAUUCAGCAAAAGCAGAGCAAAGAAACUUCGGGUUAAAACUUAUAUAUUGAUGUAUGUGAAUGCUAUUUCAAUCAUUAAUAUCCGAUUCUCACCAGUAUCCUUUGAACCUUUCGGGUAUACCUCUAUAACUUGGGAUAUGUAUCUGUAAAUAUACAGUACCUAUAAAAAAUUCAUCAUCUGUUGCCUAGACAUCACGCUUCGCACGUUGAUACAUUUUUGUAAUUGUGACUUUUUUUGUAUAUCAUGGAAUAAAGCAAUGAGCGCGUGUGCGCGUCAAUGAAUUCAAUAGUGUGAAAGUCAAAUUAAUUCAAUUAUUUAAUUAUAUACAAAAUUAUACAAAAGAGAGGCAUAAGAAAUGUAUUGUAUGCAUGUAAGCAAUAAUGAUUGUAAUUAAAUAAACAUUUUGAUUUUAUAGCUCGAAAA